UCUGCUGCUUCUGCUGCUCUUUCUUCUUCUUCUUCUUCUUCUCCUCUCUGUGUUUUCAUUGUCAUGGCUCUCUCUGUAACGCUGGCGAUGGUUUCAAGGGGAACGGCGGGGAAAUACGGGGUUACAGUCCGUGAGAUAAGUGGCGGCGAAACUCAGUCCGAUGCGCGAAUACCGUAAAUUUGCUGUAAGGCUGCUUGAAGAUCCUUCAAUUUUCGUGGAUUUCCUUCUGAUUUUCCUGGGACAAUCUGCUGGGAUUCUGUUUCUACUUCCCAAAGAGAAUUAUCCGUUUUGGGUUCCUCUGAUUUCACCCAGUCUGGUUUUCCUUGGGCUUAGUUUGCACAAUAUGGCUGAAGCUGAAGAGAUAAGGCACGCCCAUCAGGCAAGAGAUCUAUUAAAAAGACUCAGCCGUUUUCCAGGAAAAUUCCUGGAAAAAGCGGAGUACGAGGAGGAGGAGAUAGAGCUGAGUCUUGGGCUUUCGUUGAAUGGUCGAUUUGGGGUGGACCCGAAGAGGACGACGACUCUGACUCGGUCAUCGUCGAUCGCAGACUGCAUUUUGACGACCGACAGGGGGAAAACAGUUGGAGCCGCCCCUCCGUCGGCGGACUCAUCGCUGAUAAGGACGUGCUCGCUGCCGGCGCAGACGGAGGAGGAGUGGAGGAAGCGGAAGGAGCUUCAGUCGCUACGGCGGAUGGAGGCCAAGCGGAAGAGGAUAGAGAAGCUGAAGAAUCUCAGAACGGUGAAAGAACGGGUCGCUGUGGAGCCGAAUGGAGUUUGCUCGACUCCUGUUAACGCUGGCCGAGGAAGCGAAUCACAGCCUUUAUCGCAAGGGUCGAGUGGCUCUUCUGGGAUUUCUGAAUCUGAGACUCCGGGAAUAAGCAAAUACAAUGAAGCCAGAAGCCCUGCCAGCAUACAGUCUCUUCCCAAACAGGGUGAGGUGAAACGAGGAGUUAACCACCACCUCGGAGCAACAGCCGAGAAGACUGGAAACUCUGCAGGAGCAGUAACAGAGACCAUCAGUGAAAAUAACCAUCAAUAACAGCGAGGCAGAGGUCGAGGUCAAGGAAAUGACGAGGAGGAAUAUGAUGGUAGACAUGCCUUGCGUAUCGACACGAGGCGCUGGGCCGAACGGGAAGACAGUGGAAGGCUUCCUAUACCGGUAUCGGAAGGGAGAAGAGGUGA